AAAAGGAAAUGGAGUGGUAUUUCACUUCCGGCAGUCAAAUUGAAUGUCGUUCUUUUUGUAAAGUGUCAUGGUGGAGUAACAACUAAAGCAUAAAAUGCAAAUCUUCGUUAAAACUCUUACUGGCAAGACCAUCACGCUUGAGGUCGAACCAUCAGACACCAUCGAAAAUGUUAAAGCCAAGAUUCAGGAUAAAGAAGGCAUCCCGCCAGAUCAGCAAAGAUUGAUUUUCGCCGGGAAACAACUUGAAGAUGGCCGUACUUUGUCUGAUUAUAACAUCCAAAAGGAGUCUACUUUGCAUUUAGUGCUAAGAUUGAGGGGUGGUGCCAAGAAACGUAAGAAGAAGAAUUACUCAACCCCAAAAAAGAUCAAGCAUAAGAAGAAGAAAGUCAAGUUGGCUGUAUUGAAAUUCUAUAAGGUUGAUGAAAAUGGCAAAAUUCACAGAUUAAGAAGAGAAUGUCCAAGUGAGCAAUGUGGCGCUGGUGUUUUCAUGGCUGCAAUGGAAGAUCGCCAUUACUGCGGAAAAUGUGGUUAUACACUGGUUUUCUCAAAACCAGAAGAUAAAUAAGUAUUGUUUAAGCAAUUCAAAAUUUAUGGAAUAAAACUUAAAUGAUUAAUAGUUA